AUGUCUGAUCACAGCAGAAAGCAAGGAUUUCAAGACCACUCCUUGAUACUGCCCACGAUCAGUCUGAAUGCCAAAGAUGCUACAUUCUCCACUCAUAAGCAGCAUGUUCCAUUUGAGGAAUCAUCUGACUCGGAGUUUGGAAUUGUCUGCUCAGAUGCCCUUGUCAACCCUUCACAAAGAAUCUCCUACCUGAAUACUAAGGACUCCGGUUCUUUCUUGGGUUUCAAUUACCAAGAUGCUACUGAUCAACGUCCAGUUCGUCACUUUAUUGAUGAUUGCCCAAAGGAUCAAUCUAAUUGGGCCUCUGUCUCCUGGCCAGGAGAACUGAAAUCAGACUGGACACAACUUUCAAUGUCUAUCCCUGUAGCUCCUUCAGAUUUCUCAUCAUCCUGUUAUCCUUCUCUACAAAAGAAACCUACCAUCUCAACAGCGAGGCUAUCUGAUGAGCUUGACCCUAUCCAUACGAGCUUGGGUGUAAGCAAUGAUAUUGGCGACUCACUUAAAAAGCAGCUAGAUUGGUCGCCAGGUUCCUGGGGAAAUUUGAUGGGUGGUCCAUUAGGAGAGGUUUUGACAAGCACCACUAUAAGUGUAGGAGCUGGCAUGAGCUCGUCUUCUUUGAAAGCUUAUGACAGUAGCCCUCAGCUUGAUUCUUCUCCCAAUGGUGUCCUGCAGAAAUCUACCAUUGUCUCACUCUCUAACAGCAGUUCAGGGAGCAGUCACAGCGCUUACAACAAGAGGGCACCCAAAAAUUCUAGUCUUCCCAAUGGAAUUGGUUCAGCUAUUCCAUCUCUUUAA